AUGGGGAAGUUUGUGAGAAGGGGCUGGGUAGUAGCGUGUGUGAUGGUGCUUCUGAUGUCAACUCAAGUGUUGGGAAAAUUAUCUGAUACAGAUGAUCAUACCAAGAACAAAAACCUACAUCACAAAAAUAAACAAGACGGUGUUGGUGCUCGUGGAGGUGGAGCUGCUGGAGGUUGUAUUAGAGCAGGAGGUGGUGCUAGUGGUGGCAUUGGAGUCGGAGGUGGAGUUGGCGGAGGAGGUAUAGGUGGUGAUGGUAGUGCUGGCGGAGGUGCAGGUGGUGGUAUUGGAGCCGGAGGAGGAGCUGGUGGUGGAGGAGGUGGAAGUGGCAGUGCUAGUGGUAGUGGACGAAGUUGUGGCGGUGGACGCCGUGGUGGACGUGGUGGCAGUGGUGCUGGUGAAGGUGUAGGUGGUGGCGGUAGUGUUGGUGGAGGUGUAGGUGGUGGCAUUGGAGUUGGAGGAGGAGUUGUUGGUGGUGGAGGUGAAAGUGGCGGUAUUGGUGGAGGGGGACGUGGUGUUGGACGUGGUAGUGGAAGAGCUAGUGGUGGCGGAGGAGGAGUAGGCGGAGGAGUUGGUGGAAGUGUUGGAGGAGUUGUAGGAGCUGGAGGUGGGGUUGGAGGAGCUGGUGCUGGUGUGGUUGGAGGUAGUGUAGGAGUCGGAGGUGGAGUAAAAGGUGGUGGUGGUGCAGGAGGUGCAAUUGGAGGUAGUGCUGGAGGUGACACCGGGGGUGCUAUUGGAGGUGGUGCUCUAGGAGGUGUUGGUGGGGGUGGUGCUGUGGGUGGAGGAGGACGUGGAGGUGUUGGAGGUGGUGCUGGAGGAGGUGGUGGAGGCGUUGUUGGAGGUGGAUUAGGUGGUGGUGGAAGAGCCGGUGGUUCUGUUGGAGGUGGAAUAGGCGGUGGAGUUGGUGGAGGUGGUGCCGGUGGUGCUGUUGGAGGUGGUGUUAGAGGAGCUGGAGGUGUUAUCGGAGGUGGAGUUGAUGUCGGUGGUGUUGUUGGAGGUGGAGCUGGACUUGGUGGUGGUCUAGGAGGUGGUGGAGGACUUGGUGGUGGUCUAGGAGGUGGUGGGGGACUUGGUGGUGGUCUAGGAGGUGGUGGAGGACUUGGCGGUAGUUUAGGAGGUGGUGGAGGAGUCGGUGGUGGUGUAGGAGGCGGAGCAAAUGUGGGUGCAGGAGUUGGAGCCGGAGGAGGAGUUGGAGCUGGAGGCAGGGCUGGAGGAGGAGCUGGCGGUGGCGGUGGCGUUGGUAACCGACGACACUAA